AUGAUAUACUUAAUUACGGGUGCUAAUCGAGGUCUGGGUGAGGGACUAGCCGCCGCAUACCUAUCACGGCCCAACAACACAGUCAUUGCUGCCGUCCGCAAUCCUGAACAUCUAACCAGCAAAGCCCUCCAUGACCUUCCCAGAGCCCAAUCCAGCAACCUGAUCGUUGUAAAGAUCGACAGCAAAAGCGAAACAGAUGCAAAGAUGGCAGUUCGGGAUCUUAUCUCCACCCACAACAUCUCAGCAGUCGAUAUCGUUAUAGCCAAUGCCGGCAUAGCGAAGGUGCUCCCGACUGUGGCCCAGGCACAGGUAUCAGACAUGCUCGAGCACUUCAUGGUCAAUGCAGUCGCGCCCGCGCUUCUCUUUCAAGCAUUUCUACCACUUCUACGGAAGUCCCAGAGGGAGCCCAAGUUCGUCACUUUGAGCACUACAGCCGCAAGUAUCGCAGACAUGGAGCAAGUUCCCAUCCCGAACGCGGCAUACGGGCCGUCUAAAGCGGCCUUGAACUACCUCACCAAAAAAAUUCACGUGGAGAAUCCAGACAUUAUUGCAUUUCCCAUCAGCCCAGGAUGGGUGCAAACGGAUAUGGGCAAUGACGGUGCUCGAAAGGUUGGCUUAGAGUCAGCAGACAUAACUAUUGAGCAGAGCAUAACGGGGCUCCUUGACGUGAUUGAGAAUGCGACGAGAGAAGCAAGUUCAGGAAAGUUCCUCAGCUACGACGGCGACAGUUGUGGGUGGUAG